AUAAAAAUUAUUUAAAAUGAAAAAUAAAAGGAAGAGAUUUGGCUGGAGCAUGACAUUUAGAAAGCACACACGCUGAGCUCUGUUUAAACCUAAAGCACAACUGGAUUAGAUGAGUUUCUCUUAUUGUUUUAGAAAUAAUUUUGAGGGGUGGAGGGGGAGCAUGUGGGAAUAUAAUGAACCUGUAAUCUAGUUUCUGAGCAUUUAGGUUAUUCCUGGCUGUGAUCUUUGUUCCAGAAAGUUGGAGAGACUUCUUAUAUUAAGAGAACAGACUUUGUAGACACAAAUUCCUCUGUUUUACGGGAUUAUUUGGUAUGUUUUUUCCAUGGCAGGUGAUAUUAGUGGACGGGUGGCACGACCUGGAUAACAGCGACUAUGAUUGCUGGCCCCUGGAAAAACCAGAUGAGUAUAACAUGCUGGACUGUGGAGGUCUUGAGAUGGCCUGGGUCCAGAGACCUCCAGAAAAGGCUGUGAGUGGGGAGUUCUUCAAUGUAACGUAUGCAGUCUUUGCUUCAGAUCACUUUUACCACUAUGCUGUGCAAAACGGACUCCUUUCUCACAGCAAUGCUGCGGCAGCCAAGAAGUUCUGUGAAGAACAAGAGUGCCCUUCCAACUGGAAAGAUGCAAAUGGAGAAAACUGCUGCGUCCAUCACGCCAACAUCCACUCCUGCCCUUUAGCCUUCAUGGGAAAAGGUGGAAUAUGUGGCCCGUGGAUUCCAGAUGAUGGCCAAAUAUUUACUCACACCUUAUCUACAGCUGGAAAAAUGAGUCAGACAAACUGGACUGCCAAGGUCGUUUUGGUUCAUGUGGGGGUGACCUCUCUCAUCGCACACAUCAGGGUUGGGAAAAUGCAAGUUGCUCUGGAAGCCAAAACCACUGUUCUACCUGCAGUAGUCUGCGGAGAUGGUGUUUGUGAAGAAGAUGAAAGCUGUUCCACAUGUCCAGCUGACUGCGGGGAAUGCCCACUCACAGCUGAUGCCAGGACAGCAAUUGCUUUACCAAUAUGUUUAGUCUGUGCUGGCUUCAUUCUGACAAUAGUGUGGUUUCAAUAUCAGAAGCAAAAGAUGUUUUGGGAUGAAAGCUGGAUUAUAGACUUCUCCCGCAUCAAACAAGAUCGCAUGCUACGGACGGCAAUGGGCAGCAUCAUUAGUGCAGCCCAUGCACCCAGCGACUCCAACGCCAGCUGUAUCACUGCCCUGAGUUCUUGCACAGCAGCUGUCAACACAUCCAGGAAACAGCACUUCACCCAGACAGGGAUAUAUGAUGGUAGAACAGUCGCCAUCAAGAAAAUAAGGAAGAAGACAUUCACCUUGUCCAAAUCCAUACGCAAGGAAGUAAAGCAAGUGAGAGAACUUGAUCAUCCCAACCUCUGCAAAUUCAUCGGCGGUUGUACAGAGGUGCCAAAUGUUGCCAUCGUGACAGAAUACUGUCCAAAAGGUAGCCUGAGUGAUGUGCUGCUCAAUGAAGACAUUCCUCUCAACUGGGGUUUCAGGUUUUCCUUUGCUGGAGACAUUGCCCAAGGAAUGGCUUAUCUUCACCAGCAUAAAAUCUAUCAUGGAUGCUUAAAGUCUAAUAACUGUGUGAUAGAUGACCGUUGGGUCUGUAAAAUUUCAGACUAUGGAUUACAGUGCUACAGAAAAGUGGAUCACUGGGAGGGUGCUAGCACAUAUCAGCAGCGUUUGAUGCAGAUUUACUUGGCUCCUGAGGCCCAUUCAUCGUCAGACUUUGUCCCCACGUCCAUGGCAGAUGUGUACAGUUAUUCCAUCAUUUUAUUAGAGAUCGCAACAAGAAGUGACCCUGUGCAGGAUGAUUCUCAUUCAGCGGAAUAUUCCUCAUGCCUACCUCUGACAGAAUUAAUUUCAGGAAAGUCUGAGAAUUCCUGCCCAUGCCCUACAGACUAUGUGGAGCUAAUCAGGAGGUGCAGGAAAACCAACCCAACCCAAAGGCCUACAUUUGAGCAAGUCAAGAAGUUAUUGUACAAGAUGAAUCCUAACAAAGUUAGUCCAGUCGACAUGAUGAUGACUCUGAUGGAGAAAUACAGCAAACACCUGGAAGUAGUAGUUGCAGAACGAACCCAGGACUUAAUGCAUGAAAAGCAGAAGACUGAUCAUUUAUUAUAUAGUAUGUUACCCAAGCAAGUAGCAGAUGAUCUGAGGCAAGGAAAACCUUCACAAGCCCAAAGUUACGUAAUUGCCACUAUCUUUUUCAGUGACAUUGUUGGCUUCACUCAGCUAUCCAGCACCAGCACACCUUACCAAGUGGUGGACUUCUUAAACAAACUCUACACUACCUUUGAUGAAAUCAUAGACAACUAUGAUGUCUACAAGGUGGAGACGAUAGGAGAUGCCUACAUGGUAGUGUCGGGGGUGCCCAAAGAGAACGGUAUUCGUCAUGCCAGUGAAAUAGCAAGUAUGGCUCUCGACCUGGUGGCCGUGUGCAAGACAUUUAGGAUUCCGCACAAACCCAACACCCAGCUAAAGAUACGAGCAGGAAUCCACUCAGGGCCAGUUGUAGCGGGAGUCGUUGGAACCAAAAUGCCCCGGUACUGCUUGUUUGGAGACACUGUCAACACAGCUUCCAGGAUGGAGUCCACCAGUGAGGCUCUUAAAAUACAAUGCAGUUCAAAUACAUACCAGCUGUUGGAGCAGAUUGGAGAGUACAUAUUAGUGUGUCGUGGGAAUUUGCAAGUCAAGGGGAAAGGAGACAUGGUGACAUACUGGCUGGAAGGAAAGCAGAAUAUUGCCAUCCAGAAGAGAGCACCCAUCGCUACCACGACCUCUCAAGACCCUGAUGGAACUACUUUUAGUUUGAUUCCAGGAGUCUUGCCCAACGAUCCUCUCUCCAGCCCAGCUUAAAGGCCAUGGGUAGAUGUUUAGUUGUUCCGGUUUCUCCUUGUUUUCAGUCUUUUAGAUCUACCUGGCAAAUUUGUCAUGUGAUCCAGGAGGGACUGGGAUAUUUGAAAGCUUCCAUUGCCAUGCCACACCUAGAGGCAAAGCAAGAAAAUAGAUGCUGCUCCCGCACAGCCUCUCCGGAUGUAUGGACAGUCAUUAAUCAAAGCUCUCUCCCUUAGUCUGACGGGAACAAAAAUAAAGAGGUAAAACAAAUCACUGGCGACGACAAAUGUGUGGAUAAUUAAGGAAUUAAAUGGAUUCUUCUGAGUCACCAGCUAUCCAGAGACAGGGAUCAGACCUGUACAGCUGUCGCUUGGUUUUGGGGUGGAAAGCCCUGCAAACAGCCCCCAUUAUCAGACUUGGCACAAGCAGCAGGCUGGAGAUGCCAGCAUAUUAACUCCUCUCGUGGUGAGAAGGAGAAAGGGGAGGCCGUGCUAUUUAGUGCCAGGGUGGUGAUAAGCCUCAUGGGAUUAAUUUGUUUAAUGUUUUGAAAGGAGGGAUUGAAAUGUGGACUUUGCUAGAACUAACGGCCAGGUAGAAUAGGAGGGAACAAUCUGGCCUAGUGGAUAAAGCAUUGGACUAAAAGAACUCAGGGUGUCUGGCUUCUGUUGUUAGCUAUUGGAGUGACUUUGUGUAAAUCAGUUCACCUGUCUGCGCCUCGGUUUCCCCAUCUGUAAAGCAUGGAUGAUACUAACCACCUUUGUAAAGUGCUUUGAGAUCAAGGGAUGAAAAGAGCUGGGGACUAUUAAAUAGGAGAAAGAAUGUUUAAACAGUUCAUGUCUGAGGCUGCUGCAGGAGCUCUCUGGAAUGCUGGUCUGACUCUCCUGGAUCAAAAUCCACACCCCGAGCGACAUAGUUAUACCGACCUAACCCCCAGUGUAGACAGUGCUACGUUGACAGGAGGGCGUCUCCCAUCAGACACAGAUACCACCUCUCGGGGAGGUGGAGUACCUAAGCCAAUGGGAGAAGCUUUCCCGUUGUCAUAGGCUGUGUCUUCACUAAGCCCUAGAGAGGCACAGCUGCAUCGCUGCAGAGCUGUAAGUGUAGACAAGCCCUCUCUAUAAAUCUCCAUGUUUGCUGAUGGAGAUAGGUUUACACAAGUGGCUUCUCAUUCCAGCUCUGUCCGAAGUUAUUUUCUCUGAAUGCGAAGUACGCUGUACAAUGUGUGCUGUAUGCUGUUUGGGACUCUGCAGUUUUUCUUUUUUCCAGACUACAGAUUUAUUUUAAAUGGCAGUAGAUUUUCUCUCAGUCAGAUUUUCUCUUAGGAAAGUUUCACCAGCUUAACUAAAUUUAUUCCAAAUCAAUCUGGAUACACCAGUGCAAAACCCUAAAGUAAGUGUACUUAAACCAGUAUAAAUCAAUUUAAAUUAACUGGGUAAUUUACUGGCUCAUGCCCCAUGUAAUUAGCAUAUUUUUAUAUUAAAUAUGUACUGUGUGAUCACUUUGAUUAAAAUUAAAAGGUAUUGCUGAUACCGAAAUUUCUUAAUUGGAAAGCACAUGCAAUAGUAAUAGCAACUGACUUUAUUGAGUGAGAUUACAAUAUAUAGUCUGACUUAAUUCUUUUUUUAAAGUAUAUUUUUCCAUUUAUCUAAACUUGAAAUGUUAAAUUUGCAUACGUUCCAAAUUUUAUAAUAUAACCACCAAUAAACUCAAACUCCAAGUCAACCACAGCAUUGUACCAUGCUUUAAUACACUGAGUCCCUCUGCUGUUCAGCCAACACCCCGUUGAUCUGAAUACCAUGUAUGUUCCUGAAACACUUUGAUCUACACCAUUGCAUCAUGCAUUAUAUAUUUGGCAUUACACUUUCACUGAAUUAACAUGUUAAAAAUUGGUAUUAGAAAUUAUAGAAAGGGACAGAUCACAGGCCUUUUAGGAAAUGUGAAUUUGUUACCAUUCACUCUAUCUAUUGCAUAUUCAUUUGUAGAAAAGUUGCCAUUGUUACUCACCUAUGUUAUACUAAUGUAGACUGCUAGGAUUAAAGGACAUUAUAAUGAACAUUUUCUGAGUCCAGGUUAUUCUAAAUAGAAGUCAGCUGUAUGAUCAGUUGAGUUUGUACAAUGUUUGUGUGACAGUGCUCAGGAAAACUGUAGGACUGACAGCUGUGGCUAUU